GCUCUAAAUAUUUUGUUUAAACUCUCAAAUAUGUCAAAGAUGAGUUGUGAAAGCUCAGCUAUGCUCGAUCGUGCACGUGCAAGGCGUGUUCCAACACCUGGAACAGCAACUAUCCUCGCAUUGGGCAAAGCAUUUCCUAGCCAACUCGUUCCUCAAGAGUGCUUGGUUGAGGGUUACAUUCGUGAUACAAAAUGCAUAGAUACAACUAUCAAGGAAAAAUUGGAGCGUUUAUGUAAAACAACCACUGUGAGGACAAGAUACACUGUCAUGUGCAAAGAUAUCUUAGAUAAGUAUCCUGAGCUUGUAACAGAGGGCUCACCCACCAUUCGACAGAGGUUGGAAAUUGCUAACUCUGCGGUUGUUGAGAUGGCCACUGAAGCUAGCAAAGCCUGCAUUAAGGAAUGGGGUAGAUCAGUUGAGGAUAUCACCCACAUUGUAUACGUUUCUUCUAGUGAAAUUCGCUUACCUGGUGGAGAUCUUUACAUUGCCAAUCAACUUGGUUUAAAGAAUGAUGUUGGUCGAGUAAUGCUAUAUUUUCUAGGUUGUUAUGGUGGUGUCACUGGACUCAGGGUUGCCAAAGACAUAGCAGAAAACAAUCCAGGAAGCCGAGUUUUAUUAACGACUUCCGAGACUACAAUACUCGGAUUUCGUCCUCCAAACAAUGCACGUCCAUAUGAUCUUGUUGGGGCUGCACUUUUUGGUGACGGAGCUGCAGCUGUGAUCAUCGGAGCAGACCCUAUGUUGGGACAAGAAUCUCCUUUCAUGGAGUUGAACUAUGCCAUCCAACAAUUCUUGCCAGACACCCAAAACGUAAUCAAUGGCAAGCUUUCUGAGGAGGGUAUAAGUUUCAAACUUGGUAGAGACCUUCCACAAAAAAUAGAUGACAACAUAGAAGGUUUCUGCAGAAAGCUGAUGAAAAAGAGAAAUCUAAUGAAUUUUAAUGACUUGUUUUGGGCCGUUCAUCCUGGUGGCCCUGCAAUUCUCAACAAACUAGAGAACACUUUAAGGUUGAAAAGUGAGAAGCUUGAAUGCAGCAGAAAGGCCUUGAUGGAUUAUGGAAAUGUUAGCAGCAACACCAUAUUUUAUGUCAUUGAGAAUAUGAGAGAAAAUUUGAAGAGGGAGGAUGGGGAAGAAUGGGGUUUGGCUUUGGCAUUUGGACCAGGCAUUACUUUUGAAGGCAUUCUCAUUCGUAGCCUCUGAUUUCUCUAGCCCUGUCAUAUGUUUUGUGAUAUGGGGAACUUCCAGAAAACAAAAAUGCUUCUUAACUUUACUAUUAUGGAAAGCAUGUUUAGGUUUUGGAUUAUAAAAUGUUCAUUUUGAAUUUGAAAA